AUGUCUAUUACCUUCGAUUCUCAACCUGCAAUCCAGUCUUCCCCUGCGAGCGAACACAGCGUGUACUUCGACGCACCCCUUAUGCAUUUUUUCACCAAGAAGAAAGACAGUAGCGACGACUUGGUUACGGGCAAUGCUAGCACCCAGGAUUCAGUCGGGUCUGUGAGGCAGCAAGACAAGCCCCAAGACUCCGGUGAAGAGGAAAGUAAUCUCAUUCGCAAGCGAUCUGUCACCAUACCAGCCGACCCCGUCGUGGCCGAAUCGCGAGACUACGCAACGGAAGAAGUGCCUGACGGUCAGCGGGCGGCACCAAUUCAGAAGACCUCUCGAGGGACAUCCAUGAGCCCUCCACCAGAUUCGGGCUACGGAUCUUCACCGCCAUCGGCAGUGAGAGCUGAUGAUGCUCCUCGCUCGCCCUCACGCAACACGCGCCGCAGCGCCAACAUCGAGGCCGUGCCUGUCGUCUGGUCAGACAACAGCGAGAGACCUCAGCGUGCCGCUGGUUCAGAAGAUGACGAUGACAACCUACCGGCGGGUCAAUCUUUCGGCAGCAACGCGCGACGAGUAUCGUCCAUGCGCUCCGUUCGCUCGUCAGCGGAUCGCGAGACGACGCGUACUCGUGAUCGUGAUCAGGCGAGCAUCCGGAGCAGACCUGCGUCGCGCUUCUCCGAGCGCCGUCGGCGCAUCAGCCUGAGCGGCGGUUCGUUCGCUGCAGGCGCGGGGACGAUAGGACCUGGCUCUACACUUCGCCCGGAGGACACGGCUAGCUUCCAUGCGCGCAGCAAAAGCGUAGACGCGGAGCUCACGCCCAAGCAACGCUCACGCAUCCAGAAGGUCAAUACGAAAGAUGGUAAACGCGUCGCGAAGGUUAUCAAGGCCGAAGCGAAGGCCGAAAAGGCAGCCAUAGAACAGGCGAUCCGCGAGCUCGCGGACGUCCAGAGGAUGCAGCGGCAGGCGAUCAAAGAGGAGAGCAAGACGGUGUCCACGCAUGCAAAGGCUCUCAGGCAAUUCCACAAAGACGAGCUAGAGUACCUUGCGGCGCGUGCGAAGUACGAACGUGCACAAGCAGAACUGCAGACUUGGGAAGACAUGAGGGACUCAGCAAGGCAGCACGCAGCGGAGGUGACAGACAGGUUGCAGGAGAAGAACCAAGAGGUGGAAUGGCUGCGGGCACAGAAGGCCGCGGACGAUCGCGAGCGCGAAGCAAAGCUGAAGGUGCUCACUGGAAGGUCAUAA